AUGGAGGGCGAACAGAUGGUUUUAGAAAAAGGAAAAGAGUUUGAGGAGAAAGUAAAGAAGGUUGUUAUUUCAUCAUCUUCACCCAAAGUGAAUCAAUUGAAGGCAAGGAUUGGAUUCCAGAUAAAGAAGCUAAUGAAGAGGUUGUGGUUGAGCCCAAGAGCAAAGAGAAAAAAGAAGGGAAAGAGAAAGAUGGUAGAGCCUUCUCAGUUUGAAUUUGAAAUACUUGCACCUUAUUCAUCAAAGGCUUACACAAAUGAGCAUUUGGCCAAAAUGCUCUAUGAAGUGGCAAAGAAGUGUCGGGGUGAAGUAGAUGAAUUGCUGGUGCAGAGGAGCCUGGCACUUCAGCUUCAACAAGAGCAAAAGUACAAGGACGUUUCUUCCGAGGAUUUGACCCCGGAUGAGAAUGAUCGUCUUCCCAUCAUAAAGACUGCGACAAAGUUGAAGGGGGUAGGGAUAACUUUUGAGAAAGUUUCAAACACAUGUUUGCCAGAUGUCAAGUUCGAGAAAGAGGAAUAUUUGAAUCGGUUGAUUUGCUUUGGCUUCUUGCAAAAGAGGCUCAAAGCUCGUUUGCUAAUCCCAGAAUUGAGGGUUGACUACUCCAUAGAAUCUGUCCUACGCAACCUCAUGGUCUUUGAACAAUAUUCCUACUCUAAGCAUCAUUAUGUUUCCAGUUAUGUUGCUCUCAUUGGUUAUCUCAUUCACAGUAAAGAAGAUGUAGAUGUGAUGGUUGAGGACAAAGUUAUUACUCAUGAUCUGGGGAGCGACAAAGAGUUGGCACAGCUGAUCAAUAUUCUUUGCAAAAACACUGUUCUGAAUUCCACAUGCUAUGGCACAGUUUCAAACAGAUUGAACACGCACUACGACAGCCAAUAUAACAAAACUCUUGCCCUGUUAUCUUCAGUAUACUUCCCGGACCUUUUGAGAGGCACCGCAACAGUAGCGGCCAUUAUUGUCGUUGUUUUUGCAAUCACAAACUUUGUUAAAAUUGUAAGGGAUUUCGCACAUCCUAAGUAAUGCUGUUUUCUCACCUGCUAAUAUUGGUGGUGCUUUUUUUACUUUGUAUUUGUAAUAUUUUUAUGCUUUCAUGACUUUAUUGGAUUUAUUUCAAAACAUAUAAAGAUUUCAUUUUGUCAA